AUGAAAGGAGAAAGCAAAAAGAACUUCAAAGGACUGUUUUCACCAAUAGAAAUUAUAUCAACUAACCAUUUAUUGAGAACAGAGCAUAACGAAUGCAAAGUUAGGAUGACAAGGAUUUAUUAUUCACAGUGAUUUAAAUAUAUUUAUGUCAUCCUUGCGGUUCUUGCCGCGUUUUGCAUUGUAUAUACGUCAAUUAACUGAGCUGAACAAGAAAUAGAUGGCUGGUUUAUAGGUAUUCAAGCGUCUUUAUUAGUUUUAGUAGUCCUUGAAAUUUUGUAUAGAGUGCUUAUGCUGGGAUCGACUUUAUUUUUCCAAGAAAAAGUCAAUAUAAUAGACUCAUUUCUAUCUUUUACAAGCUGGAUAAUUGCUCUUGUGAGCUCAUCUCUUCAUGAUAAAGUAGGCUACAGUUUACAAAUUAUUUCAAUGACUAUGCUUUUCAGCAUUUUCUUGCCCUUCGGGCAAGUCUUUUUUUAUAUAAUUAAUUAUUAAUUAAAUAGGUAUAUAUUAAGCUUGAGGUAUUUAGUAACUUAUAUUAGGGUCAUCAAAUAUGUAAAAAGUACCAAAAACACUGAAAUAAGCAUAAUAGAUUUAAACGACGUAAGCGAAGUCGAAGAAAACCAGCCAAACACAGAAAUGAGGGUCAAACGCGCGAUGCUGCCUAAUACAAACCAGCAAGAAGCUUCACAAACCUUUGGAAAUGGGAUAAAAUUCAUGCCAGUGAGCUCCAAUAAGUCAGAGAUGUCGAUUGAAGAACAAUAA